CGCGUUCAUUGACGGGCAAGGAAAAAAUGUAUUCAAGCGUCUUCCUUUUCCGUCCCUCAUCAUGUCCCAGCCCGCUGCCCACCGAAGAAGGCCCGAAUCUAUCAGCCAUGUCGACGCUAAAGAAGCUGUCGACCUCGCCACCGCACAACCUGAGAACGUCUUUCUUUUUGCUCCGAAUUUGAUUGCUGCCGUUUCUCUACAUUUCAUGAGCUACCAUCCAGUAUAUUGCACUAUCACGUAUUCUAUAUCAUGUCUGCUCGACGCCGUGGACGGUCAAGUUGCACGCGCUCGCGGAGAAACAUCUAAAUUUGGCGCUGUUUUGGACAUGGUUACCGACCGAUGUACAACUUCCUGUCUACUGUGCUAUCUUGCCAUCGCAUACCCCACUUGGGCAAUCUUGUUCCAAUUUCUUAUCGCCCUCGAUUUCAGUAGCCAUUACAUGCAUAUGUACAGUUCUCUCGCUACAGGUUCUGCAAGUCAUAAAAAGGUCACUAGCGACGUCAGCAGAAUUUUAUGGCUUUACUACAAUGAUGCACGAACAUUAUUCCUGGUCUGCGCAGGCAAUGAACUAUUUUUUGUCGCGCUUUAUCUCGCCAAAUGGACCACAGCGUCAGUACCUGUAGACCUUUCAUGGAUAUCGGUACCCUUCUUUGGUCACUUUUUGACCAAUAUAACCUAUGCAGAGGCCGUCGCUUGCUUGACUGGUCCUGUGUGUCUCCUCAAGAACAUCAUCAAUGUUGUACAGCUGUGGAAAGCAUCAAAGAUUCUGGUGGGCGUUGAUCUUGCGGAGCGAGCCGAGGCAAGGAGGUUGAAAGCUAUCUGAUCACACCGGAAGGAGAAAAAAUUCCGGUGUGUGAGUUGGGUUCAGAGCUGUACAUUAUUCUCAAUCCGUAAUACCUCAGUAUAUAGCUAGAAUUACAAAGACCAGCCAACUGCGUACUCUGCAGCGUAAUAUAUCACCAACAUCCGAGGAUGAACAAGGUCCGGUCAAAAUCUCAAUGCGAACGAUCAAGAUCGCUUUGACGCAUUCCGCGUGUGAGAGUAAGUAAGAGGUUCUCAAUUCGAGCUUGACGGUCCUGUGGUUAAAAAUAC